CUUCAAGUUCAACUUCAACUUCAACUUCAACUUCACCUGAAGCAUUCAAUUUCAAAUUGGAAAUUUUCUUUGGGCUUCAUCAAGUUCAUGCUGCCUUCAGCCUUGCUUCAGCUGGUUGUAUUACAUGUAAGGAGGCUGAAGGAGGGAGGACUUGCUCAACAGCGACCGGACAUUGAAUCUCCUCGUCCUCAUUCGACUUGGAACCUAAGAAGUCUGCAGGCCAUUGAAGUUUGUGGUUGGAGAAGCCUUGGCAAAGCGCGGUCGUUAAGGACCAGUUCUGCUCGUAAAGCGAAGCUGUAGAAGCCCCGUUGAUGCAGAAGGGGGCUCUUGCACCUCUUGAGUGAUGUGAUGUUAGAGGACAUGCCAUCGUCUCUGAACUAGCAUGCGGAUCUGAGGAGCAGGAAUGGACCACGCAAGCACUCCAUCCAAGAGCGGGGCCACCGCGCUGACAGGUGUCACGCGGUGUCUGCAACAUAUCCGGGUUCUCGCUGCAUUGUGCGUUGGGAUCGUGCUGAUCAUGUCAGCGUGCAUCCCCUUCAUUCAAUGCCACAAUGUCUUUCGGGCGGUUUUGGCAUCAUGGCAGGCAGCCAACCGGGAACAUGUGACAGCUGUCAACGAGGUGCGCGGUGCGACGCAGGAGCUUCAUAACCUGCAGAAACAGGUGGCAGCGUUGGAUGCGUGGCGUAUCAGCAGCAACCAGAAGCUGGAGCUAGAGCACAAGUUGCAGGACCUUCGGGGCCAGUAUGCGGCGCUGGAGCGUGAGGCGCAGGUGAUGCGUCAGGAGCUGUUCAACCUGCAGUACGCGCUCGCUCAGGAAAAGCACCUUCCGCUCGACAGUCCCGGGUGGAAGCCCCAGGCAGAGCAGGCUAAGGACAUACCCGAGAGCCUCGGGUGCGAGAAGGGCAACCACAUCUACGACAUGUGCCACGUCACGGGCGAUGUGCGGAUCAUGCGCGACGGCAAGCGCAUCGUGCUCCUGUCGGACAAUCCGUCGCUGCUCGGGAAGACGUACCACAUCCAGCCGCACCCGCGCAAGUUCGACGAAGCCAUCAUGCGAACCGACGUCAGCAAGAUCGAGUUGUCGGUGCAGCCGACCGCGAAUGCGCUGGGGCUCGGCAAGUGCGUCAACAUGAAGCCGACGACGCUGCCGGUGCUCGUGUUUUCGGUUGGCGGGAUGAUCGGCAACUUUGUCAACGACUACAGCGACGUGUUUCUUCCACUGUACCAGACGGCAGCCAAGUACCGGGGCGAGGUGGUGUUGCACGUGAUCGACAAGGCGUGGUGGGCGGUCAGCAACAUCGAGAUGAUCCAGGCGUUCUCCAACUACAAGGUGCACGUUGCUGCAGUGGACGACUUUGCGGAUGAUGCCGCGAAAUUCAUGGACUGCUUCUACAAAGUGCACAUCGGCCUCAAGUCGCACCUCAUCUUUUACGACAUGAUCAACUCGCAAGGCCACUUGGACGAGUCCCUUGCGGGCGUAAAGCUCCGCGGGUUCAGCGACGCCGUCGCGGCCGGAAUGGGUCUCCCGACCCCGCUACCGUCUCCCGUAGAAACCGCAAAAAAGAAACCGACGCUCGGGAUCCUGACCAAGACCGGGAAGCGGAGGCUAGUCAAUGAGAAGGAGGUCGCAGCUUGGGCGCGGGAGGCGGGCUUCGACGUACUGGUUCUCGACUGCGAUAUGCACUGCACCAAGACGCCCUGGACUGAUCUGGUUGCGAUGAUGCGGCGCAUGGACGUGUAUCUGGGCGUCGAGGGCGAGGAGAUGAUGCACGCGCUGCUGAUGCGGCCGGCGGCGGUGGUUGUGCAACUGAUGCAGUACGGCACGGACGGCACCUUCCUGGGUAGCCACUGCAAGCACGUCGCGCACAUGCUGGAGCUAAGUUAUGUGGAGUGGGUGGCGAAGCUAGAAGACACGAACCUGCUCGAAGUGGUAAAGGGCGACAAAACCCACCCGGCCGUGGUGGAUCCGCGCGCAGUCUGGGGGGGUAAAACGUCCCUUGGAGAGACCCCCGAUGCAGGACUGCACGCAGGGCUCACUUAUUACCAUGACCUAGAUGUCAGGAUUCCAAAGGAAGAAGCUCUCAAGAUCUUCGCCAGCGUCAAACAAUUACUGGUCACUCCAAAACCCCUUAAACCCUGGUGGUAACCUAGGACUGCGCGUAGGGUUAGCAGACUGCCAGUACUGCAAUUUGACUUGCUGAUCAUGGUCCGAGUCGGGAAAGGGUGGAAAGCAGAGGGUUGAGGGGAUCGCGGACGCUAAUAACGCAGCUACAGCAUAGCAUUUGCUUUUGAUAAGGUCUUAAGCAUGUGGGCGGUGCAUGUAUGUCUGUCAAAUGACAAUGUUGGGCGUUUGGGCGCCGUCCACUAGAAGCUCGCACAAACUGUUUCCUUCCUAGUUGGCGGGCAUUUGAGAUGACUUUGGGCCCGUACGGUGUGCACACGCCGGGUGACCCAUUAGGUUUUUUAGGAAAACGAACAUGUAAUCUCAAACAUGGAAAAGGACUUUGUUAUUGGAUCAAGGUUGAGGCUUGCAGCUGCAUGCUACAGAGGCU